GCCAAUCUGAGCCCGAUCCACAUCAGUGAAAAUGGCUCCUGCUGCCACCUCUGAGCUUCCAUAUUCUGUCACCUCCCUCCAUUCAUCCCGUUCCUCUUCCUCCUCACUGCUCUGCCUCCUCUUGUCCUUCAUCGUUCUGCUGUCCUGUCCUGCACCGGUUCAUGGGAGUUCCUCAGGGAACUGUUCUGCUGGUGGAGAUCCCUGUCAGGAAGGAGUUGUACUUCCUGUAUGGAACCCUCAGAACCCCUCGGUAGGCGAUAAAGUGGCACGUGCCAUUGUUUACUUUGUGGCACUUAUAUACAUGUUCCUGGGCAUGAGCAUUAUAGCAGACAGGUUCAUGUCGUCCAUAGAGGUCAUAACGUCCCAGGAAAAGGAAAUCACCAUAAAACGGUCAAACGGUGAGACUACCACGGCCACGGUCAGAAUCUGGAACGAAACGGUUUCCAAUCUCACUCUAAUGGCAUUGGGUUCCAGCGCUCCUGAGAUAUUGCUAUCAGUUAUCGAGGUUUGCGGUCAUGGUUUCGAAGCUGGCUCUCUGGGUCCCAGCACCAUCGUAGGCAGCGCUGCCUUCAACAUGUUCAUCAUCAUAGCCCUAUGUGUUUAUGUGGUUCCUGAUGGAGAGACGCGGAAGAUCAAACACCUUCGAGUGUUUUUUGUCACAGCAGCUUGGAGUGUCUUCGCCUACAUCUGGCUCUACAUGAUUUUGUGUGUCUUUUCCCCCGGAGAGGUGGAGAUAUGGGAGGCUGUGCUGACCUUCCUUUGCUUUCCCCUCUGCGUGGUCCAAGCCUGGGUGGCCGACAGACGCCUGCUGUUCUACAAGUAUGUCCGCAAGCGCUACCGUGCCAAUAAGAAUCGUGGCAUCAUUGUUGAGACGGAAGGUGGUCCAGAUGGAGAUAUUGGGGGCAUAGACGGAGGAAUUGGAGGAGCUCUGGGUCCGGGCGGUUUCACCAAGAUGGACAUGCUCGAGCUGGAUGGACAGAUCGCACUGAACUGCCACAGUGGGAUGGAUGGAGGGAUGAUGGGAGAGGGUGGAGCGAAGGAUGAGGAAGAUGAAGCUAGGAGGGACAUGGCGAGAACCCUGAAGGAUUUAAAGCAGAGGCAUCCAGAUAAAGACAUGGAGCAGCUGAUUGAAAUGGCCAAUUAUCAGGUCUUGAUGCAGCAGCAAAAGAGCAGAGCGUUUUACCGUAUCCAGGCGACCAGGAUGAUGAUCGGAGCCGGCAACAUCUUAAAAAAGCACGCCGCUGACCAGGCCCGCAAGGUGGUGAGCAGCCAUGAGACUCAGGCUCAGGAAGACGACCCUCACACCAUCAGGUUGGAGUUCGAACCCUCUUUGUACCAGUGCUUUGAAAACUGCGGCUCUCUGAAUUUGACCGUUGCCAGACAUGGAGGAGACCCCGGAGUCACCGUCAAGGUGGAUUAUCGCACCGAGGACGGUACGGCCAACGCAGGCUCCGAUUAUGAGUUCGCAGAAGGAACGCUGCUGUUUAAGCCGGGAGAGACCCUGAAAGAGAUCACCGUGGGUGUGAUUGACGACGACAUCUUCGAGGAGGACGAGUACUUCUACGUGCAUCUGAGUAACCCUCGUGUGGUCGGCUACCCUGAGAUGGGCACCGCCCCGCUGGACUCCAGCGCCACACCCAAAGCCGUGCUCAGUGACAACCACACAGCCACAGUGACCAUCUACGAUGAUGAUCACGCAGGCAUCUUUACCUUUGAGAGUUCCAGUCAGAGAGUGAGCGAGAGCGUCGGUGUAAUGGAGGUGAAGGUCCUCCGGACGUCAGGGGCUCGGGGGCUGGUUGCUGUCCCCUACCGAACCCUGGACGGGACAGCUAAAGGAGGGGAGGACUACGAAACAGCUGUUGGGAAGCUGGAGUUUCAAAACGACGAGACCAUGAAGAUCAUUGAGGUGAAAAUCAUUGACGACGAAGAGUACGAGAAGAAUAAGACGUUCACCGUCGAGCUGGGAGAGCCCGUUCUGUUGGAGAUCGGACAGAAACAUGGCGACUCCAACGAGAACAAGCCGCUGGUGGGAGCAGAGGAGGAGGAGGUGGCCAAGAUGGGCUGUCCCAGUCUGGGUGAACACACACAGCUCGAGGUGAUCAUAGAGGAGUCCUACGAGUUUAAGAGUACAGUGGAUAAGUUGAUCAAGAAGACAAACCUGGCCCUGGUGGUGGGAAGCAGCAGCUGGAGGGAGCAGUUUGUCAACGCCGUUACUGUCAGUGCAGGCGAUGACGACGACGAAGAGAGCGGCGAAGAGCGGCUGCCUUCCUGCUUCGACUACAUAAUGCACUUCCUCACCGUCUUCUGGAAGGUCCUGUUCGCGUUUGUUCCCCCCACGGAGUACUGGAACGGCUGGGCCUGCUUCAUCGUGUCCAUAUCGCUGAUCGGCGUCCUGACUGCCGUCACCGGCGACCUAGCAUCGCACUUCGGCUGCACGAUAGGCCUGAAGGACUCUGUGACGGCUGUGGUGUUUGUGGCACUGGGGACAUCGGUGCCAGACACGUUCGCCAGCAAGGUUGCAGCCAUCCAGGAUCAAUAUGCAGACGCCUCCAUCGGCAAUGUCACCGGCUCCAACGCCGUCAACGUCUUCCUGGGCAUCGGUGUGGCGUGGACCAUCGCUGCCGUCGCCUGGCGCUCCAAGGGAGAGCCUUUUAGGGUGGACCCAGGAAGCCUGGCCUUCUCUGUCACCCUCUUCACCAUCAUGGCCGUAGUGUGCGUGCUCACGCUGCUGUACCGGCGGCGGCCGACGGUGGCGGGAGGUGAGCUGGGUGGGCCACGGACUUGCAAGAUAAUAACGUCGAUGAUGUUUGUCUCGCUGUGGCUGAUUUACAUCCUGCUGGCUUCACUGGAGGCUUACUGUCAUUUACCAGGGUUUUAAAUGGGGAGGAGCCAGGGGGAGACCCACUGCCAAAAUGAAGGGGUGUAGGGCAGGAUAGAUGUGGAAUAGAGCUUGGCUUGUUUUAUAAUGGGAAAAGCAACUCUUAAAAUGGAUUUUACGUCUUUACAUCACACCCCUUCCUUAAAAAA